CCUCCGAACUGAUUAUAAUCCGUUUAAUAAGUAUUAUUGUCUCAUGGUAAAAUUUUGUUUAGGUUUGUCGCGCUGAGUUUUUAGAUCAAAUAGGUUUUUAAUCGAAUAUACAUACGUAUGUAUAUACAACUGUUGAUUGGUUUUUGGGUAAAAUCGAAAUCUCGUUAAUUGGAAAUCCUCAUAAAUUCGUAAAAUAUUAAUAGCCCUUGCGAUUACGAAUUAUCGGGAUUCUACGUUAAAAAGAAAAGUAAAUCUGCGCUAAGAAGCAAAGUGGUCAGAAGAGGAAUUUGCAUAAAAAAAAACAUUAAUAUGUCGUCGCCCAGAAAUUCAAUAAAGAAAAAGACUCAGCUAGCAGAGACCAAAAAAGCAGCGACAGAAAAACCGCAGCAAAAACAACAAACACCCACAUCAAAGAGCAAAUACGCAAAGACGAAGGAACGAAUAGUCGAUGAUGUGCCACUUCCACCUGCCCACAAACUUACAAUGGACGAAGUGUUCGAUGCAAAGACGGGGAAGCCGAACUAUGAAACAAUGCGGGCACACUUCUUGCUCGAAGGGCGCAUGGAGGAGGGUCCAGCGCUGCGCAUCAUAAAUGAAGGAGCUACCUUAUUGCGAGCGGAAAAAAAUAUGAUUGAUGUGGAGGCACCGGUGACAGUGUGCGGCGACAUUCACGGUCAGUUUUUUGAUCUAGUCAAAUUAUUCGAAGUUGGCGGGCCACCAGCUUCCACGCGGUAUCUUUUUUUGGGUGACUAUGUGGACAGAGGAUAUUUCAGCAUUGAGUGUGUGCUUUACUUGUGGGCGUUAAAGAUUUGCUACCCGACGACACUGUCUUUGUUGCGCGGCAAUCAUGAAUGCCGCCAUCUAACAGAAUAUUUCACUUUUAAACAGGAAUGCAAAAUAAAAUAUUCUGAAGAUGUUUAUGAUGCCUGUAUGGAAGCAUUUGACUGUUUGCCAUUGGCGGCGCUGCUAAACCAACAGUUCCUCUGCAUUCACGGUGGACUAUCCCCUGAGAUUUUCACUUUAGAUGAUAUAAAAAAGUUGAACAGAUUUAGAGAACCACCAGCUUUUGGACCUAUGUGUGAUCUGCUUUGGUCUGAUCCAUUGGAAGACUUUGGAAAUGAAAAAAACAGUGACUUCUUUUCGCAUAAUUCAGUGCGCGGAUGCUCCUACUUUUUCAGCUAUGGGGCCUGUUGUGAGUUCCUACAAAAGAACAAUUUGCUAUCAAUAGUCCGUGCUCAUGAAGCUCAAGAUGCAGGAUAUAGAAUGUAUCGCAAAAAUCAAGUCACCGGAUUUCCCUCGCUAAUCACCAUUUUCUCGGCGCCCAAUUAUUUGGACGUUUAUAACAACAAGGCAGCUGUACUCAAAUAUGAAAAUAACGUUAUGAAUAUCCGCCAAUUUAAUUGUUCGCCGCAUCCAUACUGGUUGCCAAAUUUCAUGGAUGUGUUCACAUGGUCAUUGCCAUUUGUGGGUGAGAAGGUGACGGAGAUGCUGGUGAAUAUUCUUAACAUCUGUUCGGAUGACGAGUUAGUGUCUGGCCCCGACGAUGAAUUGGAAGAAGAGCUCCGCAAGAAAAUCGUUCUUUUACCAGUGAACACGAAUAAUACACCAGCACCAGCCCCCAAAACAGUGUCUGGGGUUUCAGCGCUACGUAAAGAAAUUAUACGUAAUAAGAUCAGAGCCAUUGGCAAAAUGUCACGUGUCUUCUCGGUUUUGAGGGAAGAAUCAGAAUCGGUAUUGGCAUUAAAGGGCCUCACACCGACCGGCUCUUUACCGGUAGGAGCACUAUCUGGCGGCAAGGAUUCAUUACGUAAUGCACUUCAAACCCUGGGCGCCACCCAACAAAUCACUUCGUUCGCAGAAGCGAAAGGAUUGGAUGCUGUCAACGAGCGUAUGCCUCCACGGCGCCCUUUAAUGGUGGGAGAAGGUAGCAGUAACAACAAAAACACAAUUUACAAAAAUGACAAUAGCAACAAUGUGACCAACAGCAAUGGUAAUAGUACCGAGAUUAAUCUAGGUAAAAAGAUUGUCAAACAGGUGACAAUUCGUUCCACCACCACGACCACAUCAACCACCAGCAAAUUUUAAUAGACUGCAGCUGUUAAGUUUUUCUAAAAGCUUUUUAAGCGACG